UAUAGAGAUAUUAAGUUUAUACACCAAUCUGACUGUUCACACAUCAGCAGCUCAGCCGCCCCGAGGCAGGAGCCCACAUACAAACACACACACUCACACACACACAUAGAUCAGGGUGAGAGCCAAUGAAGAGAGAAGAGAGAGAAAGAGUACAGAGCUAUACAGAGUGCGAGCAAGAGAGAUCAGGGCACUCAGGCAGAAGGUAUGUCGCCAGAGACGCCAUCAGUAGACAGCAGUGGCUCCACGUUCACUCCUCUGGUGGUGGUGGAUCUGGCCUCAGAUACCAAGGAGGAGGCAAUUGGAUGGCUGCUGGGCAGGAUAAGAGACAAACAGCAAAAUGGAGGUGCUGAAAUGCUGGUGGAGCAGCUGGGCCCUGGGAUCGGGGCUCAGGAGAAGGAAAACCCCAACAUGUUCCUGGUGGGGGCCUCCUGGCAGAGGCUGCUCUCUGGUGCUGAGGAGGUGGGCCUCUUCAAGGAGUUCAGUGAUGGAUCCAUGAGGGCGUUCACCUACAACAACAAGCAAAACUUCAAAGACUUUAAAGGUGAUGGAGACAGUUUCCUCAGCAUGGCCGAGUGCCAGUACAUCAUUAAACAUGAGCUGGACACAUUAAGAGCCAAAGAUGAAACUCAUGUUCCAGGAUACACGCAGGUCAAGCUCUACCCUGGGAAGUCCAUCGUUCGCAGGAUGCAGUCCAAAGGGAUCUUGAUCCAACUGUUUCCUAUCCACGAGAGGGAGGAGCUGAAGAGACUGUCUUUCUCCUGGUACAAGAAGGUGAAGUUGUCCCUGCAGCCUCUUGAUGACAUCAGGCACUACUAUGGUGAAGGCCUGGCCUUCUACUUUGGCUUCCUCGAGUACUUCACCUUUGCCCUUCUGCCUAUGGCCCUCAUCGGAGUACCUUACUAUCUGUUUGACUGGGAGGACUACGACAAAUAUGUGGUCUUUGCUGUGUUUAACUUGGUCUGGUGUACUGUUAUCCUGGAGUUAUGGAAGCGGGGCAGUGCCUCACUAGCUUACCGCUGGGGCACACUGAGCAGGAAGAUAGCCUUUGAAGAACCUCGGGCUGGUUUCCAUGGUGUCCUUGGGUUCAACCCUGUGACGGGCCGCGAGGAGCCACUCUACCCCAACGCCAAGAGGCAGCUGCGUGUCUACCUUGUGUCCCUGCCCUUUGUCCUGCUCUGCAUCUACCUGUCCCUCUACGUAAUGAUGAUCUACUUCCAAAUGGAAGGAUGGGCACUGACAGUACACGACGAGGAUCCAACAUUCUGGACCGGCAUACUGUUGUUCAUCCCCAGUGUUAUCUACGCUGUGGUCAUAGAGAUUAUGAACCUCAUCUACAGAUAUGCUGCGGAGUUCCUCACAGAGUGGGAAAAUCAUAGACUAGAGUCUUCAUAUCAGAAUCACUUGGUCCUCAAAGUACUAGUUUUCAACUUCUUCAACUGCUUCGCCUCGCUCUUCUACAUCGCCUUCGUCAUGCACGACAUGGUGCUGCUCAGACAGAGUCUAGCCACCUUGUUGAUCACCAGUCAGAUCUUGAAUCAGUUCAUGGAGGCCUUCUUGCCUUACUGGCUCCAGAGGAGACGUAACAAGAAGAUGAUCCACAAAGUCCAGAAGAGAAGAACUCUCGAGGACGUAGAGCUCCCUUUAGCCGACCAGGUUCGCCUGGAGGCAGAAAUGAGCACGUACUUGGGUACAUUUGAUGACUACCUGGAACAGUUCCUGCUGUUUGGUUAUGUCAGUCUGUUCUCCUGCGUCUACCCUCUGGCUGCCGUCCUGGUGGUGUUGAACAACAUCACUGAGGUUUACUCUGAUGCCUUCAAGAUGUGCCGUGUGUUUAAACGACCCUUCUCCGAGCCAGCAGCGAACAUAGGAGUCUGGCAGCUCGCCUUUGAGGCCAUGAGCGUGAUCGCUGUUGUGACCAACUUUGCACUGAUCGGGAUGUCUCCGCAAGUCAAGGCUUAUUUCCCCGAGUCAGACACCCAGCUCAUUCUGUGGACAGUGGCUAUUGAGCACGGACUGCUGGCCAUCAAGUUCAUCCUGACCUUCCUCAUCCCAGACGUUCCCAAACACAUCCAGAUCAAACUGGCACGUCUGGAGUUCGAAUCACUGGAGGCCUUCAAGAAAAAGAGGCAGCUCCAUGGAGGAAAAUGCUCGAGGCCUCGGAGCUCCGGAAGGUGGUGCAGUGAGGAGGAGAGAAGAGCGUUCCGAUACUGACGGACCUCCGGCGCCCCCCCCCCCCCCCCCCUCCACAGCUUUAACACAGCAUUCUAUUGUUUACACUGAUGUGCUGCUCACACACGUUCAUAGUUUCUUUAUUAUAGCCAAUCAAAAGCUUUAUUACGUCUGGUUGUCUGCACAGGCGAGCUGUGUAUAUCUGCAGGAGCGUGACAGCACCACUGAGGUUACACAUUUGUGCGCCACACGUGUUGCUCUCCAAAUGAAAUGUACUGUAACGAGCUGCAGUGUUAACAUGGGAGGAAUGGAGAAGAGUUGGUUGAAGCCAGGUGUUCAAAUCACAGAGGGAUGCUGUUCUCUGACUAAAUCUACUGUAGCAAACAUAGAGUUUAUAUCAGGACCUGAAUGACGAGUUGUGUGUUAUGUGUGUUUCCUCCCUUCAGUCCAUCUACACUAAUGGUGACUAAUGACUGUGUCUACCCAAUAACCUGCUGCUCACUCUUCACUGUAAUAAGUGAUGCUGACGUCGCCCAGUAGCACAUUCGCUGCUUCCUCUCAUCAAGUAUGGAAGCUGAGAAUGUUCAUAAAGAUUUGAAUGUUCUAAGCAAACCGAUGCUUAUUAUAGUGUUUUACCAUAUUCAGUCUCUCCUGUCUGCUUUGAUAUCCUCUGCUUUGUUCAUGCUUCACACAUUCAGGAAGAAAUUGAAACCACUGCACCUGAUUGGAUCAGAGCUUUGUCUUGAAGUGGUUCUGUUGUCUCCAUCAUGUGAUCAAACAGAAAACCUGAACAUUAACAGUCUACCUGAAUUUCUAAACCUGAGUAAAAAAUAUAAAAAAAAAUGUAACCAAAGCGGACGAAUUCAAGCUUUGAAAAUAUACAAAGUAUUUGAAGUAAAAAUGAUAAUUGCUAUGAAUGACGCGGUAUUGAAAAAGUAAGUGUUUAGUAGUGAUUAAUAAUCAGUCAUGUGCUCUGUAACUUGUGCGAUACAAAUCAUCCUUGCGUCUGUAUUGGAGAAAUCAUGGCAACAAACCGUCGACUUGAUGUGUCUUAUCUCAGCAUGUGAUGUGAACAGGGUCUUCUCUUCUAAUCAGUAUCGGUUUGUUCCUUCCUGUCAUAUAUUCGUGUAACGCCCCUGGUGCCUUGAAAUGCAAUGCCUAUCUGAAUAUUAGGUUUUAUAUGCACUGGACACAGUCCACUGGUAUUUACAUCAACAAGUGAAGAUGUAGAGAAUAAAAAGUAGAUUGAAAGCUGA